ACUUCCGCCUGAGUACGUUCUCACUUCCGGAAUAAAAUGGCCAGCAAAAGCAAGACACCCAAAUCUCUCACUAAGGAGGAGGAACUCCUGCUGCAGGACUUUAGCAGAAAUGUUUCAACUAAGUCAUCAGCUCUUUUCUACGGAAAUGCUUUAAUUGUUUCAGCAGUUCCGAUCUGGCUGUUCUGGAGGAUCCAUCAAAUGGAUUUGUACCAGUCUGGCAUUCUGUUUGCCGUUGGUACAAUCAUCAGCACCUAUCUGGUUGCUCUCGCCUACAAAAAUGUCAAAUUUGUUCUCAAACACAAAAUUGCUCUAAAAAGGGAGGAUGCUGUGUCCAGAGAGAUGACAAAGAAAUUUGCUGAUGAUAAACGUAUGACAAAGAAAGAAAAAGAUGAAAGAAUACUUUGGAAGAAAAAUGAAGUUGCUGAUUAUGAAGCUACAACUUUUUCCAUUUUCUAUAAUAACGCCUUUUACCUGGUGUUAUUAGUCAUUGCUUCCUUCUACGUCCUGAGGAGCAUCAACCCCACAUUUAAUUACCUCUGUUCUGUGGGACUCGCUGCAGGUCUACUGGCCCUCUUCUCAACCAGCACCAAGUAAACAUCAUUUCAAAGUAAUCGUUGUCGUCAAAAAUAGAUCUUCAUGGAAACAUCCUGACGGAAGAAACACCACAGUGAACCACAAUCCAUGUUCACACGGACAAAGGAUGAUGUGAUGGAUAAACUAGAUCUACACCGAAAAUUGAUAAAUUCUUCAAUCAGCAUGUUUUGUUUGAGGAACAAAAUACAGUAUUUAUUAUCCACAAAGACAAACUCAUCAAGAUACUUUUUUUCAGUACAAUUCAUAGUGUUUCAGUGCGAGAGGUAAAGGAAUAAAGUUUUUUUAUAUGUAAAA